AAUUCCGAAAGAAGAAAAUGGAAGAAACAUUUAGCAGCUUUGAUUUAAAAGAAAUUGCAGCUUUUCUUUCUGAUAUCGUCGCACCAACAUUGACUCCCAGGCCUUCGGUGGACACGGGAUCUAGUGGGUUUUCAUCAUAUGAUUUGAUGGCUGAAUUGUUUGAGAGAACUAAAACCUUAUCCAAAGCUCAAGUCACCAACACAGUUUUCAGAGCUAUUAGCAUUGCCUUGCUGAGAGGUAACAUAAGGAAAGAUCAACUGGAGAGAACUAGUGAGUCUGGUAAAGCAACUAUCAAAGCAGUUGCUGCAACUCUAGGUAUUCAAAUCAGAGACAAGGGUCAAAGAAAGCUUGCUCUAACAAGCAAAACUUUGACUUUCUCUAGAAUGAUAGCUCUUUUCCCUCACAUGGCUAGCCAGCUAAUUGUCUCUAAAGAGAGCCUUUUUGUCAACAAGUAUGCUUCUUUUAGUGAUGCCAAUAGAUUUCCUGCUCAAACUCAUAAGCUUCCUAUUGCUAUGCUUCACUCUGGAUUUGCUGGUCUGAUUCCAAAAGAGAGUGAGGAGGAUAUGGGAUUCAUAGACCUACUUUGCAUGUGUCACAUGGAUUUUAUGGUUGAGUUCUCUCUUUUGAUUACUCCUCAAGAGCAUAGAAGUUUUCAUGCAUUGUACGAGAAUCAGAAAACCUAUAACGAGGCUGCUCGUGGAUCUGGAUUGAUUCCUGAUGAAGAUAGGAUCGUUUACCUCUUGGCUUUUGGGUUGUUGUCUUCUGAUAGUCUUGAUAAGAUGUUGACAGUUGCUGCAAGGGUUUCAACUUUGAAUGGAAGGCAAGAAGCAAGUGUUACAAGAAACAGCUUCACAAUCGUUGAAGGACAUGUCAAGAUUGUAGAAGAUGAUGCCAAGUGGCAGGAGCUAUUGAAAAAAGCCAAGAACAUAGUUGAUGCUUCAAAGAGGUCUCAGACUCAGGUUGCUGCUGUUGACUCCUUAGAUGGAUUUUGAUUCAAUGAAUUGGUUCCCUUGAGGCCUUAGCCUCUUUCUUUUGUUUCGUUUGAUCUUGUUUUUGAUUUCUCUAAGUUUAACUUUCUCUAUUUGAUCAAUUAUGAAAAAAUUAAUAAUAAACAAUGAAUAGUAUUAUUUUCUCUUUUCUUUAUUUGAUUUAUUUAUUUA